AUGUCUUAUAUUUAAUUACUUAAACAGGUAAUGAAUUAAGAAAGUAAUUACUCCCCUGAGUUGAGUAGGUUUGAACCAAGACAGAUGCUUGGGAAAGGAGCUUUUGCGACGGUUAUUUCAGCCUUUGACAAGGUUAAGCGAAUUAAUGUUGCAAUCAAGAUUGUUGAAAAAAAGUUGUUCAGAAGUAAGGAGUAGGAGGAUGCCAUACGUCAGGAAGCACUCACUCUCUAAACAUUGUUCCAUAAAAAUAUCAUAUAGAUUUUGGGAUUUUUUGAGACACAGCAAAAGUUUUAUAUAGUCAUGAAUCAAGUGGAUGGGGUGACUUUGGAAGAAUACAUACCCAAAUUAUAGAUGCAUGAAGUUACUCCAAUAAUUAAGCAAAUAUUGAGGGCUUUGAGUUAUUUGCAUUAGAAAGAUAUUGUUCACAGAGACAUAAAGCCUGAGAAUAUCUUAAUUGGGGGGAAUGGAGAGGAGUUGAGUGUGACUCUGAUUGAUUUCGGGUUAUCAGCAUCUGUCAAUCGAAUUGAGGACGGAUUGAUGAGUAAGAAUUGUGGGACUCUGUUGUAUCAAGCUCCAGAAUUGAUUAAAAAGGGAAAUUACACAAGAUCGGUAGAUAUUUGGGCUUUGGGAAUAGUGGUGUAUAAUAUGCUAUACAAGGGAGAACAUCCCUUCUAUCGAAAUGGGGAUACUAAAAUAACUUAUUGUGAAAAAAUUAAGGGAUUUUCACUGAACUUUAAAAUCGAUGAGGAUUAGGAUACAAGAAACUUUUUGGAAAGAACGAUUGCCUAUUUACCAGAACAUCGUUUAACGGCUAAUUAAUGUCUAGAACAUCCUUGGAUUACAGGGAAGGGAGAUAUCUCUGUGCCUUUCACAUUGAAUGAAAUAAUUUAAUGCUAAGUUAAGAAAGAAUAGAGAAUAGCCAAGUACAUUAAGAUGUUUGUGUUUUUGAAAUAUUUGAUGAUCAAAUCAAAAGAUGCACUUGGUAAAACCGAUGAAAUCAAUGAAACUGGAUCACCUCAUGAUAAUGUAUCUAUAAUAGGAUCAGAAUUAUCAAUAGCAUCAAAUAAUUUUAGGAUUCGUCCUUUAAUGAUGAAAUCCUAGACCAAAUUAAAUAAAGUGUGGAAUAAUGAUAGCAGCAGUAAUUCUUUUGUUGGAGAUAGCAGUAGAAAUACAACAGAUAUGAUACCAGAAACGUUUGUGCAGACGAAUAGAACAACUUUUACGAAAAAGCAAUUGAGAAAAAGUAAUUCGAUGAAUCCUUAAGAGAUGAUGAAUAAACUGAAAAUGAUGAAUGCUUAAAAGGCACCUCAGAAGGAAGCUCCUCAAUUGAAGAAUAGAAGAAUAAUCUCUAAUUUCCAUAAGAGCAAUCAAAAGUUGGUAACUGAAGCAUCGAGUCAAAGAUCAAACAUAGAUUGCUUAAAUAAGAUUCCUAACUCGCCUUUGAAUAAUACGAUUGCCCAUUUUCAAAGAUCAAAUUUCUCUAAAAAACCUGCAUAAUUGUGA